GCGUGCGUGUAUGCGUGUGUCCAGUCUUGCUGCCCCGUGAGACGGACGUACUAGUGAAGACGUUUUGGCAUCGAAGUCUGCUGUCAAGCCUCAAUUCUCCUUUCUGGGGACAGGAACAACAAAAGGAAGAGCAAACAUCACAUUCUACAACAACACAUCUAGUACAACACGUCGCAAACACCGUGUUCUCAACAAAAAGCCAUCAGUCAAUAUGCUCUCCAAAACAGCCCACGUCUGCCUCGGCCUCCCGCUCCUCUCCCUCCUUUUCCUUCUCCUCUCUCCCUUGGCCUCCACCUCCCCUCUCUCCAACGCCCUAGCUCGAGCUCCAGCUCCAGCUCUAGCAAAGCACCACGGCGCCAACGACGACGCCGACGGCGGUGGCCGCGACAACGACCCGCGCACCAACGCCACCUACUACUGCCGCCUCGCGCAGCAAAUGUGCCGCCACUCCGGCGAGUGCAUGGACAGCAAGUGCGGGAGGUGCAAGGUUUACUCUGACAUGGAGUCGUUCGGGCAGUGCAUCCACGAGCCCGCCUCCGCUCCGGAUCUUCCGAUGUCGCUGGCGCCCUGGCUAGAUGAGGAGGGGGAGAAGGGGAAGGGGAAGGAGAAGGAGGCGGGAGGGGAGAGGGAGGACCGUGACGGUCGGGGUGGUGACGACGGUCGCACUUGA